UCUUAUCAGUAGGGAACGUGCAGCUCGCUAUUGUUUUCCUUUAUAUAUUGAACGAAGAAGAAAGAGAGAAACAGAGAGGAAGGAUUGUAUAUACAUAACUCGAAGCGUGCUGUCAAAAUAGUAAAAGGUCCUUAGAAAUUGUGUGGCGACUUCUUUCCUGUCAUACUCACUGAACCUUAGUGUGACGUGAGUGUAUAGAGAUUCAAUGAUGCUUCGCGUAUCAUCAUCAACAGCAUAGUGAAGAUUUAUUUCUGAAUUACGCAAUUUAGUAAAACAUUUUUAUCCGAGUGUCGAAUCACAGCGUCGAAGUUGAGGUCAGAAAUGGAGCCGGCGGGGCAGAAUCAACCACCUAACAUCUCGAACAAUAUCAACGACAAUUCCGACACACACAAAGGCAGUUGCUUGUUACUGCGCUAUGCUAGCCAGAAUUCUCUAGAUGAAAGCUCACAGAAACAUAUUCCUCGUGAAAAUGGAAAGGACAAGCCACCGUACAGAAAUCAUCAUCACACAAAUCGUGCCUUUGAUGUCAUCAAUGAAAUGCGAAAGAAAAAUUUACUGUGUGAUGUCAUCCUGGUGGCAGACAGCGGUAUGGAAGUGCCUGCUCACAAAAUGGUCCUCGCGGCGUGUAGUCCUUACUUUUACGCUAUGUUUACAAAAUUCGAAGAGCGUGAUCAAGAGAGAAUAACGUUGCAAGGAGUGGAUUAUUCGGCAUUAGAGUUAUUGGUGGACUACGUAUAUUCUGCUGAAGUCCAUGUUACGGAGGAUAAUGUACAGGUGCUCUUACCAGCCGCGAAUUUAUUACAACUGACGGAUGUUCGAGAUGCCUGUUGUGAUUUUUUACAAGCUCAAUUGCACCCAUCUAAUUGUCUCGGUAUUAGAGCGUUUGCCGAUCUGCAUGGAUGUCUCGAGUUGUUGUCACAUGCAGAUAGUUAUAUCGAGCAACAUUUCUCAGAAGUAGUUGAUGCGGAGGAAUUCUUAACACUGGCGCCUGAACAAGUGGCCAAGCUUAUCUGCAGCGAUCGCUUAAUGGUACCUUCCGAAGAGAAAGUCUUUGAAUGCGUAAUUUCAUGGGUGCAUCACGAUCUCGAGAAAAGACAAAACAACUUAGCUCUAUUAAUGGAGCAUGUGCGCUUACCUCUGCUUUCGCAAGAAUAUUUAGUACAGCGUGUGGAAGAGGAACCACUUUUGAAAGCAAAUUUGCAAUGCAAAGACUUCUUGAUCGAAGCUCUAAAAUACCAUUUACUGAAGGGUGAACAAAAAUCGUUGUUUAAAACGCCACGUACCAAACCGAGACAACCAAGAGGAUUGCCCAAAGUAUUGCUCGUUGUCGGCGGCCAAGCUCCGAAGGCGAUUAGGAGCGUGGAGUGCUUCGACUUCAAAGAGGAGAAGUGGUACCAAGUUUCCGAGCUGCCAACACGACGUUGUAGAGCUGGACUUUGUGUGCUCGGUGGACGAGUAUACGCUGUUGGCGGGUUCAACGGAUCAUUGAGAGUACGAACGGUUGAUAUUUAUGACGCCGCUGCGGAUCAAUGGUCGCCCUGCCCCGAAAUGGAAGCGAGAAGAUCGACACUCGGUGUAGCAGUGCUCGGCAAUUGCGUUUAUGCUGUCGGUGGCUUUGAUGGUUCGACGGGAUUAAAUUCAGCUGAAGUGUAUGAUCCACGCACUCGUGAAUGGCGACCAAUAGCGCGAAUGUCAACACGACGUAGUAGCGUAGGAGUCGGUGUUGUCAAAGGAUUACUUUACGCUGUUGGCGGCUACGAUGGGGAAUCUCGCCAAUGCCUCUCCAGUGUCGAAUGCUAUAAUCCAGAGAAAGAUCAAUGGAAACCCGUGCCUGAGAUGUCUGCGCGUCGCAGUGGUGCGGGCGUUGGUGUCCUAGACGGUAUUUUAUAUGCGGUAGGAGGUCACGAUGGUCCGCUAGUUCGAAAAAGCGUGGAGGCGUUUAAUCCAGAGACCAACCAAUGGACUCCCGUCAGCGACAUGGCGCUCUGCCGUCGUAACGCCGGUGUUGUGGCGUUAAACGGACUUUUGUACGUGGUGGGCGGAGACGACGGUUCCUCCAGUCUGGCGUCCGUAGAAGUGUAUUCUCCGAGAACCGAUACCUGGACCACUCUGCCGACUUGCAUGGGAGUCGGACGUAGUUACGCAGGUGUAGCAAUCAUCGACAAACCGAUGGCCCCCGCGGCGACGAUGUGAGGUCUACAAUCCGCUGGGCAUGCGACAGAACAGAACACGGACCCGGGUGCCGAGAUAUCGGAUUCCUCGCGGGAAGCCGGGCCCAGCGGUGUGCAAAAUCGCAGCGCGAGUCACAAUUGUCAAGGCCCGCGUUGCGUUUGUCAGAGAUACGAGAACGGUGAGUUAGCCGCGGUGAUGAUGAAUCAAGGUAGAAAUAAUCCGGAAAGAGAGGACGGCUAUCAAAACACCGGUCACGUGUCGCGCGCUUUUCAAAACCGUCCGAAUAACAAUGCGCUGCAGAUUCAUCCGAAUCUGAAUCCAAAUUAUCAAAAUCCGGUUGAUCUAAUACGUAAUUACAAUCGUCGACUACAACAGCCGCAGCAGCAGCAACAACAACAGCAGCACGAACCAGAGGAAAAUAUAUACGAACGUUUGGACAAUGACGAUGACGAGGAUGAUGACGAAAACGCAGAGAUUCCUCGGAACGAAUUGCUAGCGCAAAACAAUCAAGGCAAUGCGGAUAAUCACGCAUACGAGAGAAUUAACGGGAGGAUAUCGUGUAGCAAUAAAGCGCAUUGUCGUUAUUACAAAUAUCACGGAUUAAACAACGCUCAUAGCUUCUUGAAUGAUAUGGAAGGUGCCAGAAAUGCGAGCCAAUAUGAUCAACCGCGACAUAUCUAUAUCGACUAUUCCCGACUGAAUAGCAAUCUUUACCGAAGCUCUUUGAGCAGAUUAGGUCGUAAUUGUUUUUCCACGGAAAAUAUCGCGUACGCAUCUACAAAACGCUCUAUCCAGCCAUAUGCAUACAAUUGCACGUGCCCGUAUUGCAGGCACGCGGACGCAAGAUACAUCUGCCAUCAUUGUCAAAAUCUGCAUAACAGAUUGCGAUAUCAGGACGCCGCCAAUUCCCGACAUUACGUCUACCAAGUCUCGAGAAAUUGCAGAUGUCCAUUUUGUCGCGGUGAAUAUUCUUACGCAAAGUUACCCGCCAAUGCCCUUCGUGCUGCUGAAUUGUUAAAAAUGGAAUGUUGUCACUGUAGAAAUCCCGCUAAUUGCACUUGUCGCGGUAAAAUGCCAACUGACUCGAAUUCCGCGAUUUACAUCGGACGAUACCUGGAUUGGAUCAAUCGAACGGGACAGUCCGUCAAUAAUCCGCUGUACGCUACGAUUCACGUUAGCAGAAUAGACCGCGCUUCCAUGCCCGGUCAUGUAAAUGCGUCGAACGGCGCCGAUCCCGGGCCGUCAACCUCCAACGGUGCAACAUCUAACGCAAGACACAGCGACUCGAAUUCAUCUUCAAUGUUGCGAUCGGUAUUCGCUUCAACAUCCGGUGCUUCCACGUCAAACGCCGCUGCGAUCUGUCCGGUAAAUCGAUAUGCAGAGCGUCAACACACUUGCGAUGACUCUUGUAUUCGCAGCCAAAGUGGAAAUGUGGCUGGAAUAUGUCAGCUUCUCGGCAGAUGCGAAAGAACGGAAUGCAAUCACGGGCGGCUCUCUGUACAUUGGUGGUUCGUGAACAAAUGGCUUCCUCUAUGGAAUUCUCAUAAUCUGGAUAGAAACACGGAUGGCGCGUCGUGUGUAGAUGAAGUAUCACGGGAACAGCGAGAGAGCGACAGCGAUGACUCUUAGAUCGAGGAAUUCAUUUAUUGCCAGAGUACUCGUGCGUAUUUCAAACUUUUAAUACAUCUUCCAUUGAUUUUCGCUAUUCGCGAAUGAUUUAUCGACUCGCACGUAGCGUGAAUGACGCGUUGGAUAUAUUUUAGGCUUGCCUAUAAAUGAAAAAUGAAUGAUAUAAGUUUUACUAAAUACACAUCAUGACAAUAAAUUCAUAUCGCGAUCUUGGACUAUUGAAAGAAUUUUAUCAAGAAAAGAUCAAGAGAGGUUUUUGGUUUGAAGCAAUAACUAUCUAAAUUAUCUUUAGACUGAUAAUUUUUUUUAUUUUAUCCUAUACAAGGAGUAUAUCUGAUUCCAAUGUUGUAGAUCUGAUCUACAAUGUUAUUUGAAGGAAGACGCACACAUAGCUCCCUAUAAAAUUACUCUAUUGCCGUAGUGUAUAGUAUAAUGCGUGAUUAAUUUGAUUUUACAGAGACUACACACAUUAUUGACUAAACAUGUUAUAAAUAUUUAUUUUUUUUCUAAUAAUUAAUAACGAUUGCUUGGAUAUCAAUUAACAUUAGUGUGAAAAGAGUACGACUGAAAAAAAAAACUGCAAUUUUCACUUACGAUAAGUUCAACUAAGUCAACUUUUUAACUGUGAUAUGAAUUAAGUUAAUAAUUAUUUAAUUUACGUUUUAAUCUUAUAAUAUAAAGACUGCAUCAUAAUAUUAGAUUCGCGUCGCAUAUGUUUCCGAAAUUUUCAGCAGGUCUCUGUGAAGUAGAGGAAACGUAGUUUCUCCACCUUUAGCAAAAGAAGAGAAGAAGCAGAGAUCUUUAUAAGCAGAAUUUUUAUAUAAAGUGUGUGACGUAAACAAAACUUAUAUUAUUAUCUCAUAAACUUCACGUAUCGAACAGAAUAGUUACUCGUGUUUCUAUUAAUAUAAUACGAUAUAGAUAUUAUCUCCCCAUAAUAUUUUUGGUAUAUCCGUAAUAUUAAGGUAUUUUUACAUAUAAUCAUUUAGCCUGAGUGAGUGUUCGCGUCAUCUUUUACGAUAUUGUGCAAGCCCUUGAACAAAAAUGCAACGCAAUAAUUUGCGCCAAUAAUUUGCGAAUCGAUCGGCUUCGCGUGUGGCGCCGAGAUUCACGCCUUAUGUUAUGUAUGUUCGUUAAAUUAUGCGUGCCUACGCGUAUAUGGCUAUGUAUAGCACUCUCAUCCUCUAUGAGGACAAGUAAUAUCUAAUAAUUGCAUAUCUACAUGCUUUGUUACUCUGGGUUUCAGAAAGUUAAACAAUGUUCGAUACAUGCAUAUGUAUACAUGUUAUCUUUUCGAUUGGGAUGUGUUCGUAGCGUAUAUAUUUAGCACAUUAUAAUCAUAUCUCCGGAAUAAAGAAAAUUUUUAAAAAA